UAUUUGCAUGUAUGUGUUGUGUGUGUGUCAGUCAAAUUGACAUUUCGGAACAAAAACAUAAAUACACAUCUAUUUUGUUUAUAUUUUUAUUUAGAUAUAAAAUUUUGUGUCUGAUAUUAAUUAAGCUUUAAUUUAUAAUGGAUCUUCCACGUGUGCUUGUUUUAAGCUCAAAUAUUGAAAAAAUAACAAAAAUAGCCAAAGAUUUAGAUUCAAAAUUUGUUGCUGAAAGUAAUAAUGUUAAAUUUUACACUUGGGAUAUUAUAAAUAAAUAUUACAAUGCCAAAGUAAUGCUGUGUGUAACUGAUAAUAUAACACCUGAAAUAUCAAUUGACAACAUUGAAGCUGUUUUGCUCCAUUAUGAUCCAACAAUUGAUGAAUCACAAACAAUAUCAUUGGAUAAUUAUUUACCAUUUAUAAAAACACUUACUGAAGCUGAUGUUUUUCUUCUUGCUUGUGAUAAAUUUCCAGAUUCAACUAAACGAGAUGAAGUAUCAGAAUGGUGUCAUGUGAAUAAUUUUGAAUUAGUCGAUAUGGAAGCAUCAGAAUCAUCAGAUAAUGAUAAUGAUGAUGAUAUUAUUGAAGGUGAAAAAUAUGGUCUUGAAAGAAUUAUCGAAGUAUUGCAUACCCAUACCUGGCCAAACAGAUCACUCAAAGGUAUUCCUCAUGGCAGAAUAUCAACAUCAAAUGAACCGGAUGUUAGCCAAGUUGAGGAUCAAUUGGAAAACAUAAGAUUAAUUCCAACAGGGGAUCCAAGUCAACACAUGCUCAUGAACAGUGUACUAGAUGGUAUAAUGGGUGAUGAAAAUGCUGAUUUUGGUGAAUUAUUUGGUCAAUUAAUGGCAAUGAAACAACAUGCAACAACACUCACGUCAAGUAAUCGUCGUGCAGCUGCUGAACAAUUAGUGACUGCUUUUUGGAGAUCAAUUGGUGGUGAUCCAUCAGAACUUGAAGAUAUGGAUGAAUAAAUUUAAU